AUGGUGGAGGGGCAGGGAGAUAACCAGUGUGGAUGCAAACCAGUUUCAUGUCAGGGCAAUGAAGAGCUCUGCUCUGAUGACAAAUGUACGAAGUGCGAGGCGCAUUGCCCCCCCGGAUGUAAGGGCUGCGAAGUUAAAUGCAAGGGGGUAAAACAACCUGGAACAUGCAAAUGUUGUACUCCCCGCUGUGGUUGUAAGGAAGAUUGUUAUGCAAGCGGCAAAGAUGGCAAGUGUCAAGAAAAGAAUAAAAUUGAUUGCAAGCGAUGCAUCAUAAGAUGCAAAGAUAGUGAUAAAUGUAUAUGUUAUUUUUGUAGUUGCGGAACGAAAUGUAACGGCGUAAUUUGCAGCUGCUGUAGCUGGUGUGAUCCUAGUAAUUGUUCUGGAGGCCCUUGCAACGGCUACGUAAUUGGUAGAUGCGGAGACAAAAAUCCAAAGACUACUGAAUGUAUAGGCCACGUCAAAUACGACAUAUACGGCAAAGACGGCACAUACGGCGCUGUAUACAAGCGCAAUACUGAAAAUGUAAUCCCGUGCGAUGGAAGACCCCACCCAGGCAAGGACUGUACUGACAACAACUGCAAUUGGCUCCGUGGCGAACUGCAGCCCGACGGCAAUUGCGUCAUUAAAUGCACGUACUGCGGCAAACUAUGCGGCCAAGAUAACUUUACACGCUGCUGCACCAUAGCUAUUCCCUUGGUUAUCACUGUGUCAGCAUUCCUUAUUUUUAGGUUUAUGCUUCCCGAGAAGUACCACGCGAUUAUGACCAAAAUACGCGCCGCAUUUCCCAGUUCUCCUAGGCACCCCGGCAAAUCCCCGAUUAAUCUCGUCGGUAACAUAACUCCCGAGGAGACAAACGUUGACCGCUACUCCGCCUUCCGUCCGAGGGCAUACGCUGGCUUGGAGUAG